CCAAAAGGUUGAAGCGCGCCACCCCCUUGCAACCCGGCGAAGCCGAGGCCCUCAACGUUAUCAAGGAAACAUUAUCCAUCCAGGAAUGGUCUGAACCACAGGCCAAGUGCAUCGAGAGCAUGAACAGCUUUUCCGGUUUGUUCCUGCUUAUACAGGGCUAUCCUGGCACUGGCAAGACGUCGACAAUCGUUGCCAUGGCGUCAAUAUACGUGAUUUCAGCGGCCAUGUCCUAAUUACUGCACCCUCACACGAUGCUGCGGAUGCCAUCUGCGAGGCCAUUGAAAAAUGAACACCGUCGGCAAGACCAACCACAUCAGCUAUGUGCGCGUCUACCGACAAGUUUCGGAGACGAAGGCAUUCCGCCGGCAUGGAAAGAUCUAUGAAGAGUUUCAAGAACAAGAGUGCGACGAAGCCCCUGGAGUCAGGUUUGUUAUGGCCAACGUGGUCAAGUGGUCUUUGUCAAAUGUUCUUGGCAGGGUCGUGAGCGUUUUUGCAAACGACCCCAUCCCAACUGCGGAAGAAGUCGAGGAGCCAGCUGUCGAGGAGGAGCCCGAACACACACCCGCUGCUUCUGAAGAGUACACCGACGCCGACGCCGGGUACAUCGAUGAAGAUGAAGGCUUUACGCCACAGACCAUCCCAUUGGCUGAUCAAUUGGCAAUGAGUAACUUCCUCGAGGAACUCAAGAAGCACAACGCAACCAACAGUUACCGCAUGCCUGACCAAAGCCUUGAGGCGCACGUCUUCCGGCUUGCUUACAAGGAAGGCCGAACUGUGAUGGCAAGUUUCCCAAAAGAGGACGAACCACGUCGCCGACCGUCUUGCAGUAUUCAUGCAAGAUGUUAUCAACCAAUUGUACCAGAAUUUAAUAUCCGCCUUGAGGAGAUUACGGCUCUGACCUCUUAUAGGAGCCAGAUGCUCCUUUAUAAUAGUAUUAUCAGCACAUAUGACACUCUCCAAGGACUUAGAACUGUGGAUAGCUUCCACGGGGAAGAGUCAGGAAUUGUGAUAUUCGAUGUCACAGGAUCAAACAAGUUUAGCUUCUUCACUGAUGCUAAUUAACUCUGCGCUUCCCUUAGUAGGGCGCAAGAAGGAAUACUAAUUGUCGGAGGCUUCACUCAGCUAGCCAAGACCAAAUCGAC